AUGGCGAGUGGCCUGGCCGCGUGUGUGGGCUAUGCCGAGGGCGAGUGGCUCCGCCGCUGUGGGCUCUGCCGACGGAGAGUGCGUCUACCGAUUGCUGAUGGUAACUUCGAAGUGACUCUUGCAACAAAAGCCACAAUUUACUCUGAAGGAUUAGUUGAAUGGAAGCCACCAGCCAUAUACAAAUCAUCCUGUGAGAUAGAUGUAGAAUAUUUCCCAUUUGAUGAACAGACCUGUGUUCUAAAGUUUGGCAGUUGGACUUAUGAUGGGUUUAAGGUUGAUCUGCGACACAUGGAUGAACAACUGGGUAGCAAUGUAGUUGAUGUUGGUGUCGACUUGUCCGAAUUUUAUAUGUCAGUUGAAUGGGAUAUUCUUGAAGUGCCAGCCGUAAGAAACGAAAAGUUUUACACAUGUUGCGAUGAACCCUACUUGGAUAUAACAUUUAAUAUAACAAUGAGACGAAAAACCCUCUUUUAUACGGUUAAUAUAAUUAUACCGUGUAUGGGAAUUUCAUUUUUAACUGUUCUUACUUUUUAUUUACCAUCGGAUAGUGGAGAAAAGGUUACACUCUCUAUUUCAAUCCUCAUUAGUCUUCAUGUGUUCUUUCUUUUGGUGGUUGAAAUUAUACCUCCCACAUCACUGGUUGUGCCAUUAUUGGGAAAAUAUCUAAUAUUUGCUAUGAUUCUCGUGUCUAUAAGUAUCUGCGUGACGGUUGUCGUUCUGAACGUGCAUUUCCGUUCUCCCCAAACUCAUAGAAUGGCCCCCUGGGUAAAGCGGGUGUUCAUAGAUUUUUUGCCGUCAUUUUUGUUCAUUAAAAGGCCCACGUACAACUUUGAAACAAG